UUUGUCUGGCGAGCAUUGCAAUAAAGAGCAUUUUUACCGACAGACUGCAUAACUCAAGCGACUAAGCUACACUAAACGCCGGAAAAGUCUACAGCAAUAAUAUGGAUUUUAGGGAAAUUGCCAAUAAAACUGCUGAUAUUCUUCAAGGUUACAUGAAAGAUGACAGUGGUUGGGAAGUGGCGAAAAAAACAAAAGAUAUUCUAAUAGAGUUAAAACAUUCUAAAGAAUUUGGAGGCAAUCUAUAUCGAGGAACAAGUGAAUUUAGUGCACCACCAGAAACAGUAUUUCAAUAUGUAGAUCCACUUCCAGGAGAUGCUCCCAGGUUAAAAUGGGAUAAAGGAUUGAAGAAAAUUGAAGUUUUAAAGCAAAUAUCCGAUGAUAUUCGAAUCAAUCGGACAUGUACAGACAGUGCAUGUAUGGGAAUGAUAUCCCCUCGAGAUUUUGUUGAUGUAGUUUUGACCAAAAAGACAGAAGAUGGAAUUUCCACAAAUGGUGUAAGUGUAGACUAUGCUGAAUGUCCUGCUGAUAAAAAAUUUGUACGAGGAUGGAAUCAUCAUUGUGGUCUGAUUUGUCUAAGCAUGCCAGACAAACCCGGUCACACUAAAUUAGUUAGUUUAAUACAACCGGAUAUACGAGGCAUGCUACCAAGAGCUUUAGUAGAUUCUGCCAUUCCAGGCUCCAUGACAGAAUUCUUCACCAAUCUACGACAAUGCCUAAAAGAUGACGGCAAACUUCAAUAAUUCAGUUAUCUAAAAUAUAUCUAAUAUAUUUAAAUACUGGGAGAAAAAAAUAAAUUUGUGUAAUGUCUAAAUUAAUUUUAUACAUAUUCAUUUCAAACAUAUAUUAUUUUCAAUACAAAUUGUCAUUAUAUUGCCAUAGCUGAAUACUAAAGGGAGAUAAUAUUAGAAGAUAUAAGUCUGUUGUCCUUCGACUACAAACACAAAAUACAACUGAUUAUGAACUUUGAACUUGAUCAAUUUUAUUUAUAUUGAGUUUAAAUUAUUGUUUCUUGUAGGGAAGUAUGUUGAGUGUACAUGUUAUUAUUUUGAAUUGAGGUGUAUUUUUGGAGAAUAAAGGAGGGUCAUUUUAGUCACAAUCUCUUAGUAAAAGCACAAUAUUGAUUAUUCCAUAUUAAAAAGCAAAUAUAGACAUUUAGAUGGUAAAAUGAACUUACCACAAAUCAUAUUGUUUAAAAAUUAUUCAAAUCUAUCAUUCUUCAUAGGAGUUAUGGCCAUUUAAAGUUCCUAUUACAGUGUUAACUUCUUUCAGUGUUUUUAAAAUUUAAAUAAAGAAAAUGUUUAUUGGAAUUAUAGCUCAUCAGGUUAUUAAAGAUAAGUCUAUCUAUUUCAGAGUGUAACAAAUCAUAAUGCUAUUUAUUAAUUAUGUCCAUAUACUCCCAACAGAACAAUGAAAUUGACCUCAAAGUACAUGUUCAGGUUAAAUAAAUAUGAAUCAAAUUUAUCUUAGGAAUGUUAAUUAUUGUAAUAUUAAUUCUUAUUUUAUAGAUAAAGACUAAGUAUAAUAUUUAUCUGGCUCGGGAUACCGAGAAUGAAUAUUUAUAUUGGUUAUAUUUUUCUGUUAAAAAGAUAAAUUAAUCAAAUGAUUAGGCGUCCAUUACAUUACUAAGUUUUGGGAGACUAAAGGGAGAUAACUCUGUCAAUUUAAGUAUUUUUCGAAAAUAUGAUAAACACCAGGGCAGAUGCCAAAAUCUUUAAAUUAUAUAUUUUUCAUUUUUUAAAAACAGUACUUUAUCAUUUCUUUUACAAAUAAAUUCCAUUUUUACCUAAUGUGAGAUAGGUGGAAGCCUACGAGGAAUAAGCAAAUAGAUUUGUAAAAGGGAGGUUAAAUGGACUUUUUUGCAUUUUUGAAAAGAGCACUUUGUACAAAAUUUUAAAAAGCAAAACAUCUAUUAAAAAUUCUGCCCUGGAAAUUUUAUUGUAUAAUAUGCAUACCAUGUAUGUUAUAUUAAAGUUUUGAUGACUUUUUAGUAGACAUGGCCAAAAAUCUAAACAUUUUUCAUAUCUCAUGUUUGAAUGAUCACAUUCACAUCCAAUGUUAUCAUCUUAUGAUAUUUUGUAAUAUUAUCAAGUUGUCAAACAUCAUCAUGUAAUUAAAUUAUAUAUUUUAAAUAUACAAGAAUUAUAACUUUUAACUUCUUUGAUAAAAAACAUUAAUUAUAUAGUUCUUUAUCUUAAUUAGCACAGGUGUAUAGUUAAAUUAUUGUUUAUUAAUGGUUAAAUUUUGAUACUGAGGGCCACCAACUUUUAAAAUAUCUUUUGUAUGCGAAUGUAAAUUAUAUAUAGAAGUGUAUGUUUUUUACAUUAUACAGAAACCAAAUCGGUGUAACCUUUCUGCAAAGAAUAUGAAGUUAUAUAUAUAUAACUCACCACUAUGAUAUCCCCUCACCCCUACAGUUCAAGUUACUCACUGUUUUCUCAACAUUGAUUUAAUCUAAACUAAUAUAGGUUUAAGAAUUUGAUACAUCAGAUCUAAUUAAAUAAAAUCUAGUCUUUUAAGAGUAUUUCUUCUAUAAUACAUUGACUGUAAGUUGUUUAUAAUGUAAACAAUACAAUAAAUUGUCAAGCAAUAAUUCAUUCUUUACAGCUUUUACUUAAGAUUGUGCAUAGAGUUGGUAGUGCUUUUAUAAAACUGUAUAUUUUAAAUGGCAUUUAUCUGUAUCUUUUGUUAGAUUGCUUUAUGUAUUGUUAUGUUUAUAUAUGUAAUUAGAACUUGCUGUAUAUUCUAGUUUUAAUUUACUGUCUAUUGUUAGUAAAUACAGGGAAUUAUUAUAUCCCAGGUAUAUGCUAUAUUUUAUUAUUAUUAUUUACUGUGUAUAUUUUAGUGCUAUUUGUCGUUAAGAAUGCAGGCCCUUGGACAUUGAAACUUUUUGAGAUGUAAUGUAGAAUUUACUCACUUGAACAUUUAAUAUUUGGUAGGAAAUUGAAAUUUAGUUUUUGUUUUGUUAAGAUAAAUUGUUCCGAGAUAUUACCUAUAGCUCCAUCCAUAGCCAUAAUACAUUUACGGUUAUGAAGCAAUAUGAUAAAAAUAUUGUUGAAAGUUGGUGACAAUUUCUGGCAUACUUUUACACCUCUAGAUGGCCCCUAAUGUUUCAGAAAAUAGACAUCCUUAACAAAUAGGCUUCUAAGGGAACUUGAAACUAUUUCAAAGAUGUUAAUUAGCAAAUAGCCGCGACUGAUAUAAUCACACUAUCUGUUUCACAUAGAGUAAUGACCUUACAAAAAAGUCGGCCAUUGUUACAUGGUGCUGUUUCUUUAGAUAGUGUAUCAUCACAAAUUAUUGAGCCAAGCUAAAGACUAGAUUUUCUGAAUUAUUUGAACUCUCAGAUAUGUAUGUCAUAAGUACAUGAAUCUAUUUACCAGAAUUUAUUUGUUCUUCCCCUAGUAUUAAUAUAUUGAGUUUGAAAGCAGAAGUAAAAAAGUUAUUUAAUUUUGAAAAACUGUUUCACCACCAAGGCCAAGUUCUUCAGUUGCUCAAUAGAUAACUAUUGUUAUGCUAUUAUUUACUUAUACAUGUAUGUGUUGUAUCAGUGUAUCAAACUGCAGUUAUUGUGUUUUGAAAAUUCAUUGUAAAUAAUAAACUUAAUUUUUGGACAACAGAAACAAAAUUAAGAGUAUAGAUUGUUUUCCCUUGUUUUUAGUGCUUUAUUUUUAAAAACAAAAUAACAUGCCAGUAUUAAGAGAACUUGCCAUUUUCAGCAGAAAAAUAUGGUCUAAAAGAAGUUACCAGUCUUAAGGUUGUAUACUAACAAAUGAUAUUUAAUUAAAUAAUUUAAAGAUUUUCACAAAUAUAUUUUUUCAAUACACUAAAUAGCCAAUUUUAGGAUAUUCAUUUUGUUCGGAUUAUACAUUUGAAUGUACUUUAAUUGAUGUAUUUUAAAAGAAUGAACCUUUUCUUUUUAGUUAUUAGAAAUAUAUAUUUAAAUCUAGUCCAUUUGUAAAAUAAAUAUUUGUUAUGUUAAAUAUCUGACUGGCCAUUUUAAAUCAAUGUUAUAUUCAAUAGACAUAUAUAUAAUCAUUUAGUGGUUUCAAAAGGUCCACAUUUGUCUAAAUAAUAAAAUAAAAACAUUUAUUAACAUUCUUGUUUGGGCUAUAAAGCAAUUGUAAUUGGUUAAACCCACAUUUGCCAAACUAAAAAUAUUUUCUUGGGUUGGAUGAGAGACCAUGUUGGAGAGAAAUAAACAGCUUGAUUUUAAUGACAAAACUAAA